AUGAUUUACGUUAUGCUCAAUGAGAUGGUUUUUCGCGUCCUUGACAACCAGCUUCACGCGUCAGACACCUGGCGCUAUGUUCUCCAGAGGCAUUUAUCUUACUUUGCCGACGAGGAGGGCCUCGCUGGACUGUUGAAGCAUAUUGGGGAAGAUAAUCCUUUUCACGAGCGUUUGAUCGAACUUGCCAGCGACUUCACUUCAGAGAACCCUAGACAACCUUUCGGAUCUUGGACGUAUGGGGAGUCAGAAUUCAGAGACCUCGUGGGCAAGAUGACGAACCUAGAUCCAACGAGAAGGAUCACCGCCAGACAGGCGCUUGAACACCCUUGGUUCAAGCAAGCCAUUUAA